CUUUUGAUUAAUGUCCAAGUCUCUGCUGCUGCGGAGGCUUUCCAACCUCUCAGCUAGCAGGGCGAGCUGGGAACCAGUGACCGCUCGCUUCCUCCAGGCUGUGUCCCCUUCCUGACGGGAAAGGAGCGCUCUCUGGGGCGGCUCGUCGCCUGCGGAGCUCGGGCGGCGCGGAGCGGGGUGAGGGGCUGGGGAGCGGCCGGAGCCCGGCCCCGCCGUGUAACUUGGCGGGGUCUUUGUUGUCCUUGUCCGCAGCGCAGCGCCGGGGGAAGGCGCCGGGCUGGGAGCACCGAGCCUCCUCGCUGCACCAUGACAGAAGAAAGCAAGGGGGAAGGCAAGGGGGAGAGCGGGAAGGACUUGGAGAAGCAGCUUCGCUUACGCGUGUGCGUCCUGAACGAGCUGCUCAAGACGGAGCGGGACUACGUGGGCACGCUGGAGUUCCUGGUGUCGGCUUUUCUUCACCGAAUGAUCCAAUGUGCUGCAGCCAAAGUGGAUAAAAAUGUCACAGAAGAAACAGUUAAGAUGUUGUUUUCAAAUAUUGAAGAUAUUCUUGCAGUUCACAAAAACUUCCUGUCCCUUGUGGAGGAUUGUUUACAGCCAGAACCUAAUGCACAGCAUGAAGUUGGAACCUGCUUUCUGAAUUAUAAAGAGAAAUUCCGUAUCUAUGAUGAGUACUGCAGUAACCACGAGAAGGCACAGAAAGUUCUUCUUGACCUGAACAAAAUAAGAACAGUGCGGACAUUUCUUUUGAACUGCAUGCUCCUUGGAGGACGCAAGAACACAGAUGUGCCCCUGGAGGGAUAUCUAGUGACACCAAUACAGAGAAUAUGCAAGUAUCCCCUUCUUUUGAAGGAAUUACUGAAGCGGACUCCAAGGAAGCACAGUGACUAUGCAGCCCUAAUGGAAGCUCUCCAGGCCAUGAAAGCUGUCUGUUCCAACAUAAAUGAGGCCAAGAGACAAAUGGAAAAAUUAGAAUUUUUGGAGGAGUGGCAGUCUCAUGUUGAAGGAUGGGAGGGGUCCAACAUCACAGACACGUGUACAGAAAUGCUGCGAAGUGGACUACUACUGAAAAUUUCAGCAGGAAAUAUCCAAGAGAGGAUAUUUUUUCUUUUUGAUAAUCUUCUGGUCUACUGCAAAAAAAAGCACAGGAGAUUGAAGAACAGCAAAGCAUCUACAGAUGGCCACCGUUACCUUUUCCGGGGCAGAAUAAACACAGAAGUGAUGGAAGUGGAGAACGUAGAUGAUGGAACAGCUGACUACCACAGCAGUGGCCACACUGUUAUUAAUGGCUGGAAGAUCCACAACACAGCAAAGAAUAAAUGGUUUGUAUGCAUGGCAAAAACCCCUGAAGAGAAGCAAGAAUGGCUGGAAGCUAUUUUGAAAGAGCGAGAGAGAAGAAAAGGUUUAAAAUUGGGCAUGGAACAGGACACUUGGGUGAUGAUCUCUGAGCAAGGAGAAAGAUUGUACAAAAUGAUGUGCAAACAAGGAAAUCUCAUCAAAGACAGGAAGAGGAAAUUAACCACUUUCCCCAAAUGCUUUCUUGGAAGUGAAUUUGUGUCCUGGCUGUUGGAAAUUGGAGAGAUACACAAGUCUGAAGAAGGUGUUCAUCUUGGCCAAGCUUUACUAGAGAACGGAAUUAUUCACCAUGUUACAGAUAAGCACCAGUUCAAACCUGAACACAUGCUGUACAGAUUCCGAUAUGAUGAUGGAACAUACUAUCCCAGAAAUGAGAUGCAGGAUGUGAUCUCCAAGGGUGUACGACUGUACUGUCGCCUUCACAGUCUCUUUACCCCAGUAAUUAGGGAUAAGGACUAUCACUUGAGAACCUACAAAUCUGUGGUUAUGGCUAACAAAUUCAUAGAUUGGUUGAUUGCCCAGGGGGAUUGCCGGACAAGAGAGGAAGCUAUGAUAUUUGGUGUAGCUCUUUGUGAUAAUGGGUUUAUGCACCAUGUGUUAGAGAAAAGUGAAUUUAAAGAUGAACCACUGCUGUUCCGGUUUUAUGCGGAUGAAGAAAUGGAAGGAUCAAAUAUGAAGCACAGACUCAUGAAACAUGAUCUGAAAGUAGUGGAAAAUGUCAUAGCCAAGUCAUUACUGAUUAAUUCUAAUGAAGGAACCUAUGGUUUUGGUUUAGAAGAUAAAAAUAAGGUGCCAAUUAUUAAAGUGGUGGAGAAAGGAUCCAAUGCUGAGAUGGCAGGCUUAGAAGUUGGGAAGAAAAUCUUUGCCAUUAACGGUGACCUGGUUUUUCUGCGACCCUUCAGUGAAGUGGAUUGCUUCCUGAAAGCCUGUUUAAACAGCAGAAAGCCCCUGCGGGUUCUUGUGAGCACCAAACCUCGAGAGACAGUGAAGAUUCCUGACUCUGCAGAUGGACUUGGAUUCCAAAUCCGGGGUUUUGGCCCAUCUGUUGUCCAUGCUGUUGGGAGAGGAACAGUGGCAGCUGCAGCAGGUCUCCACCCUGGCCAGUGCAUAAUCAAAGUGAAUGGAAUUAAUGUCAGCAAAGAGACUCAUGCAAGUGUUAUUGCUCAUGUCACAGCCUGCAGGAAGUACAGGCGGCCAAUGCAGCAAGAUUCUAUACAGUGGGUUUACAACAGCAUUGAAAGUGCACAGGAAGAUCUUCAGAAAGCAAACACCAAACCCUCUGGAGAUGAUGGAGGUGAUGCCUUUGACUGUAAAGUGGAAGAGGUAAUUGACAAAUUUAACACUAUGGCAAUAAUUGAUGGGAAGAAAGAUCAUGUGAGUCUGACUGUUGACAAUGUUCAUCUGGAGUAUGGAGUGGUUUAUGAGUAUGACAGCACAGCUGGAAUAAAGUGCCAUGUCUUAGAAAAAAUGAUUGAACCAAAGGGAUUUUUCAGUUUGACUGCAAAGAUUCUUGAAGCACUGGCAAAAAGCGAUGAACAUUUUGUGCAGAAUUGCAACAGCCUCAAUUCCUUAAAUGACGUGAUCCCCACUGAACUUCAAAGUAAAUUCAGUGUCAUUUGCAGUGAGAAAAUUGAGCAUAUCUACAGAAGAAUCUCUAGCUAUAAAAAGUUUUCAAGAGUAUUAAAAAACAGAGCUUGGCCUACCUUCAAACAAGCUAAGUCAAAGAUUUCACCACUUCACAGCAGUGAUUUCUGUCCAACCAAUUGCCAUAUCAAUGUGAUGGAAGUGUCUUACCCUAAGACCUCCACUUCCCUUGGUAGUGCCUUUGGUGUACAGUUAGACAGCAGAAAACAUUCUUCCCAUGAGAAGGAGAAUAAGAACACUGAUCAAGGUAAACUGAAUCCCAUGAUUUAUGUGCAACAUACCAUUACUACUAUGGCUGCCCCUUCAGGACAGUCUCUUGGCCAGCAAGAGGGCCAUGGUCUGAGGUACCUCUUAAAAGAAGAAGACUUAGAAACGCAAGAUGUCUAUCAAAAAUUGCUGUUCAAAUUACAAGCUGCACUGAAAGAGGUGGAAACAUGUGUCUGCCAAAUAGAUGACCUUCUUUCUUCAAUAACAUAUUCUCCCAAAUCAGAACGUAAAACACCUGAACCUUUAAUACCAGCAGACAGUGAUAAUGAAAAGGGUGAAAGGAAUGGGAAGAAAGUCUGUUUCAGUGUAACAGGUGAUGAACAAGAGGAUUCUGGUCAUGAUACCAUCAGUAACAGGGAUUCUUACAGCGACUGCAACAGCAAUAGGAACUCCAUUGCCUCUUUCACCAGCAUUUGUAGCAGUCAGUGCAGUUCUUAUUUUCACAGUGAUGAAAUGGAUUCAGGUGAUGAGCUUCCCAUAAGUGUUCGAAUCUCCCAUGAUAAACAGGACAAGCUCCAUAGCUGCUUGGAGCAUCUCUUUGGUCAAGUCGAUUCAAUCGUCAAUCUUUUGAAAGGACCAGCUGUGAUGAGGGUCUUUGAGCAGACAAAGUACUUCACACCAGGUCGAGGCCUCCAAGAGUUUCAGCAAGAAAUGGAACCAAAGCUCAGCUGUCCAAAGAGGCUACGACUCCACAUCAAGCAAGAUCCUUGGAACCUCCCCAGCAGUGUCCGGGGCCUUGCCCAGAAUAUCAGAAAAUUUGUUGAAGAGGUGAAAGCACGAAUACUCUUGGCACUUCUAGAAUAUACAGAUAGCGAGAUACAGCUGAGGCGAGACAUGGUCUUCUGUCAGAGCCUGGUGGCCACAGUCUGUGCCUUUUCAGAGCAGCUGAUGGUGGCCUUAAAUCAGAUGUUUGACAACAACAAAGAGUAUGAAAUGGAAACCCUGGAGGCCAGCAGAAGGUGGUUGGAACAGAUAGCCAGUGCAGGUCUUCUCCUUCAUUUCCAGUCCCUGCUCUCUCCAAACCUGGCUGAUGAACAAGCUAUGCUAGAAGACACAUUGGUUGCAUUGUUUGACUUGGAAAAAGUUACUUUCUUCUUCAGACAAUCAGAGCCAGAACCACUAGUUGCAAAUGUCCCAAUCACAUACCAAGCAGAAGGAAGCCGGCAAACACUGAAGGUUUACUUCUACCUUGAUGGUUACCACUUUGAACAGCUUCCACAAAGGCUGAAGAAUGGAGGAGGAUUUAAAAUCCACCCAGUGCUUUUUUCACAAGCAUUGGAGAGCAUGGAAGGAUACUAUUACAGAGACAGUGUCUCAGUGGAAGAAUUUCAAGCUCAGAUUAAUGCUGCCUCACUAGAAAAAGUCAAGCAGUACAACCAGAAGCUACGGGCGUUCUACCUGGACAAGUCAAACUUGCCUCCAAAUUCAACAUCUAAAGCAGCUUAUAUAGAUAAGCUGAUGAGGCCUCUCAACUGCCUGGAGGAGCUGUACCGGCUCAUAGGGUCGUUCAUCCGCUCCAAGCGCACGGCCGCCUGCGCGUACACCGCGUGCAGCGCCUCCGGCGUCGGACUGCUCUCGGUGUCGUCUGAGCUCUGCAGCAGGCUGGGAGCUUGUCACAUCAUUAUGUGCAACAGCGGAGUUCACCGCUGCACUCUGAGCGUCACCCUGGAGCAGGCCAUCACGCUGGCCCGGAGCCACGGGCUGCCCCCUCGCUACAUCAUGCAGGCCACGGACGUCAUGCGCAAACAGGGUGCAAGAGUACAAAACACAGCCAAGAAUUUAGGAGUGAGGGAUCGAACGCCACAGUCUGUGCCAAGAUUAUACAAACUGUGCCAGCCACCACCACCUGUUGGAGAAGAAUGAGAAGACCUGCUCUAGAAAACAACCCAGUAAUGGCCUUGAGGAUACUGGGAUUAUAUGACAAAAAUCCAACUGCACUAUAGCAGUAUGUCCCUGCAGCUUUGAUAAAUAAGAUUAAAAAAAAAUCUUUUACUCAGGACAAAGGAAAAAUUACCCUAAAUAUUACCUAUUGGCAUUGAAAGAUGUCUUCCCAAAAGCAUUUCUGAAAUCUGUGCACUCCAGCCUUACACUCAUAGGACAGUACUCUUCCUUGGGAAUUUAACACUGGAAUCAGAUUAAUUUGAUGUGUAUUGUUCAGCCACAUAAUAGGUAUAGCCAGCAGCUUAAAAAAAAAGUCUUGGUCAGAGGGGAUGCCUUCACUUGCACACUAUGCACAAUGUGAUCUUGUGGAAGCCUAGAUAAACUAGGCUUGAUAAUGAGCAUGCACUUCAUAUGGGGCCCUUUGCACUUGAGAAAGCUUUUUUUUCCUGUCACCAUCAUAAUUUCUUGGAAUGUUAACUUUACUGUUUCAAGAAUAUAAUGUGAGGUUUAAAGAUGGAACGCUUACUUCAGAAUUGUGUUUAGUGGCUGCAGGCAGCUGCUGUGGGUGUGUGCUUGCAGUCAGUAAACUCAGCCAUGUCUGAAGCAGGGCUCGUCACACUGCUGUGGGAGGAGGACCUACAUGGCAUUAGCAGUGCCUGAUGGUGUGUGGCAUAUAAGCUAAAGUUCUGCCCUUUUGCAGCUGCCAUGAUAAUGAAGGAGAAGGAUGAGUCUGAUCAUCAUCCAUUGUUAGGCUGAGUUUCAGACUCCAGUAGAUAUUUUACAUUAUUACAUCUCUGCACUUCAGAGUUUUCCAGAGUUGUGUAUUUUCUUCUAUAGCACUACACUAACAAAUCUACAUUAGGCAGAGAUGAGUCAGUAUAGUUAAACUGGAAAUGACUGGUUGAAGUUCAAGCAUAGUUUGGGGUUUUGAUGUCUUAUGCUACCAUUUUCCACAUUUUGUCAGAAUUGUUUUGUAUAGCAUCUCAGUUCUUUGGAGUGGUAAUUGUUAAAGAUUUAUUUUGAAAUUGUACUAACUAUUUAGAGAGCCCAGGGAGAAUUUAUCUGCAUUUGGCUGUUCUUUUGGCCAAAGAAUUUUCAUUUUCAAAUGCCCCCAGAUGAGGAUUUAUGUAUGAGCACAUUAAACAAAAACUGUAUUCUGAAAUAGUUUUACCUGUAGCAGUAGCUAUGUAUUCCAUUAGAGCAAGACACAUACAGUCUGAAUAAAAUUUAUUUUUUGUACAACAGCGGCCUGUAGUUAUGCUGUACCAAUCAAACCUCACAACAUAAUUUUUGCAUAUGAUCUAAAUAUUUAUGAACCUAUCAAUUGACAAUGAAAUAAGUGAGAAUUCAAAAGGAAUUGUACUCUUGAAGAUAGUGGGGUUUUCUAGAGGAUAUUUGGGGAACUUGUUGCUUUUCUCCAAAGGAGGAAUUAGAGCUCCUACCUUUUUCAGUAUUCUAAAUGUUUAUAGACAGACCUUAACUUUGGUAAGAAAAUAAAUAUUUUUAUAUAUCCACAGAUAUACAUGUCUGUGCAUAUAUGUAUGUUUCAACAUGUAUGUAUUUAUGUAGUCAUAUCAAUAAAAAGAGAAUGUUUACCUUAAACUAUGACAAAGGCAUGCAGUAAUGAACAUUCCACUAACAACUGCACCUUUGUGCUUUAAGGUUUACUCUCUUUCAUAGUUACUGGAAGCUAUUGAACCAUGAUCUUUUUGAUUAAAAUACUUAAUACAAAAAAGCAAAAUCAAAAUUUAAAAAAAAUUGCUUUUAAAGGCUUUUGUCUAGCAUGACCUAAUGCUUACACAUAAGAAAGAAUUAUGUUUUCUAUAAUUGCUGUUCCAGUCAGGAUCUCAUACUUUCAGAUGUGUUUCAUUCAGAGUAUUGGCUAUGGUAAUUCCUGCUCCAGGCAAAAGCACCAGUUUCUGCUUGUUCAGAUAUCAGAAUUACAGAGAAGCCAUAAGCACCUCAAGCCAAGGGUGUGCUGCUGUCAGCCUGGCUCUGAGCUCACAUCUUCCUGUGAGGUUUCCCCACAUGAGGUUUGAUUUACUAUGAGGGAAAUCAGCUGUUGGCUGCAUGGAGCUGCUGAGCCUAUAUACAAUAAAAUAACCUAGAGGACAAAAUCUGUUGCAUGUACAUGCAUUAUUGUAAGCAGUAAUUGCCUUUUUUUUUGUAUAGCUUUGAAAAUGGUAGGAGUGUAAAUGCUCUUAAAUAGUCUCCUUAUAUAAUAUGAUAAUUCCAUGUUUCAUUUUGUUGUUGAAAUCGUGGGAUAAUAGACAUUUGUAAGGGACAAAUAAUUAUAAGCCAGUCAAUGGACAAAAUUUUUUAGCUGUUGUUUCAUGAGUGUGCAUCAGAAAUCUUGACCUCUUAUUUUGGUCAUUUUAUAUCUAGCUUUUUGUCCUUUGUUCUUUUUUUCCUCAUCUAGAGUCAGUUUCCAAAAACCUAUUAAGCAUUAUGAGCUUUAUUAGUGACCCAUACUGCAAAGUAAAGUGUCUAUUUAGCCUGGUAUCAAAGAAGCUGAGAAACUUAAGCCCUGUUUUUUUGGGAUAACAGAUAACACGUAAAAAUGUGAUUCCACAGUAACAUACAGAAUCAAUUAGGUUGGAAAAGAUCUCUGGGAUCCUUGACUCUAACUUAUAGAUAGAGUCCAGCCUAUUUUCAGAGGAAAUGGGGCAUAAAUGGCCCCCUUACUGUGUAUUAAAAAGUAGGGACCUAUUUCUCAAAAUGUUCUUCAAUGGCCUGUAUGAAACAUUGUGUAGUAUUCAGAUUGCUUUUCUUGCCCCUCUGCUUUCAGAGAACACUGCACAUUCUAACACCAUUCUAUUGACUUCUAAUAACAUUAAAUGGACUUUAUUAUUCAUUCUUAAAAUAUAAAUUGACGUAUGUUUAUUAU